AUGUCUCUUUAAGAAGUAGAAGGAACUUAAUAAGACAAAUUGAAUCAGAUGUUGAACGUGAUGAAGAUAAAAACAAAACUCCUGCAGAAAUAAUACAAGAUGUUCUCAAUUGUAUUCAGAAUAGAUCCGAAGAACCUGGAAUAAGAAUUGAUAAAUUAAAUGGCUUGGUUAGAUUAAUAAAAAAUCACGAAAGGCUAAAAUACACUUAUCCUGCAGAACCAUUUCUAAAAGGGUUGAGAUUUUGUAUAUCAGAUUCAGUUAAAGAAGUGAGAAUUGCAGGAUAUCGAACAUUAAGAUACUUGAUUGCAGAUUCAAGUACUUUAGAUAAAAUAAUAAAUUUACAUUAUGAAGUAUUUAUUAUACGAUCUCUGGCAAAAGAUCCACGUUCAUUCAACGAUGAACGUGAGCAAGUACUGAAAUUGAUUAGAGCAUUUUCUGAUGUGCCUGAUGGAACAAAAUAUAUAUCAUUUGGUAUUAUACGUUCUAUUGUCUCUAUUGCAGAGCAAUCAGACGACAAAUUAAGAAAUAUUUGCUUGGAGACCCUGGCUGAAUUAUUGCUUCGAGAUCCAAAAUUAGUAACCUAUUGUGGUGGAAUGAGAGUUUUACUUCAAGCCUUGGUUGAUGGUCCUUUAGAUAUCGUUGAAUAUCUUAUUAUGGCUUUAUUAUAUGUUAUAGAUCUACCUGAUUCUAGAGAAUGUAUUAGACCGGGAGUUGAUUUAGAGAUUGUUCUUUCUGGAUUUACAGAUGCUUGUAAUAAAGGACAAAAAUACGAGCAACAGAUAAAAGCUAGUUCGAGGGCAAUUGCUGUUCUGCUAAAAUCGUGGACUGGAAUUAUAUUUUUUUGUAUGAAUGAUAAACAAGCAAUUAAAUCUAUUGUAGGGUCUUUAAGAAUCACAACUGAUGAAACACGGGAAAUCAUGCUUGAUAUGUUUUUCGAUAUAUUUCGGAUAAAAACACCAAGUUGGUAUAAUAAUUUUUUGACUGGAAAAAGGAUUACUGUGUUUGGUAAUUCAAUGUUCGAAGACAAAAAUCGUAAUGAAUCACAACCUAUUAUAUCCAGGACUCAAGAUCGACACAAUUUGUUAGAGCAUCAUUUAGUGAUCUUACUGGAUAUUUUUAUUGAUUGUGGUCUUCUAGAGGUAUUAGUAGAAAUUAUUGAAGAUAAAAAUCAACAUAUCGCUAGAAAGGCUACUCUUUUUAUCGGUGAACUUUUACAAUUAUCAAAUAGAUUGUUAUCGGUAUCUCGCUCUAUACGUAUACAAUCAUUACCUGGACUUUUCAAAUUGGCAACAAAAUUUGAUGAUGAGAUCGUUAGACAUAGUGCAACGGCUGCUUUAUCUCAUAUUGAUAAUCUCAAUAGGACUAGAAGUCGUCUUCAAUCCAGCGGCAUAGAUGAACAUAACCGAGCCUCAACUCCUCGCAAAAGGCAGGUUCGACAAGUAGAAAAUGUUAAACUUAAAAUGGGAAUACAAAUUGAGGAUGGACAAUUUAGAGCAAUGUUAUUAGAUUCUCAGAUUUUAGCUAGUAAAGAUUUUACAAAAUGGAAUUUAGAAAUAGCGAUGGAAUUACUACAAGGACCUUUAUUAAAUCCUAAAAGACUUGAAGAAGUCAUAAGAAUAAAAUUCAUCAAGCAGCUGAUUAGUUUCUUUCGGCCCAAUAAACGACGGUUCUCAGAAGUUGAAAAGAGUCCGGAAAAUGAACGUUAUACUCAAUUAGGUUGUACUCUUAUAACUACUUUAUUAACAAAUCCUGAUGGCGUGAAAUUUUUGGAAGGAAAUAAAUUUUUAAGACAAAUUGCCGAUGGCCUUAAUCAACUUGACCCAAUUAACGGAAGUUUUGAAGCUGAACCAUUUUUUUCAAAAGAAAGACUUAACGUUACAUUAACAUCAGGAUAUUUCAAAAUGCUUGGAGUUUUAAGCAAAUUCAGAGAUGGAGUCAAAUUAUUAGAAAAAUUCAAAAUAUUUAAUACAUUUUAUCAUCUAAGUGAAUUAAAAAGUCGCGAAGAUUUAAUUAAAGCAAUCAUCACAAAUUUAGAUUAUAGUCUAGAUGGUCAUCCGCGUAUUCUUUUAUCUAAAGUUAUGACUUCAGGAUACAAACGUGUAAGAUUAUAUGCCACCAAACAUUUAGGUGUAAUUUUAAGAACGUCGUCCAAAAUGUUUAAUGAAUGGGGAAUACCAUUAUUGAUUACACAGCUUUACGAUCCGGCAAUGGAAGUUUGUCAAAUGGCAGUUCGUGUGCUGGAGGAAACGUGUAAUCAUAAAGAAAACAUAGAAUUACUUGUAAAGCUACGACCAAGUCUUGAUCAUUUAGGUGAAAUUGGGAAUCCAUUAUUAUUGAGAUUUCUGUCAACAUCGAUUGGGUUCAAAUAUCUUUAUGAAUUUGAUUAUGUUGAAAAAGAGAUGGAUGAAUGGUUUCAGUUGACCAAGACAGACGAAGGAUGUCAAUUAUUGAGAGAGAAAGGACAUUUUUGUGAAUUUGCAAACUAUAUACGUGAACAUAAAAUGGAGAAUAAAGAUCGAUCAAUUAUCACAAAGCUAAAAUCAAUUCUGUGGGCAAUUGGCAAUAUUGGAUCGUCAAAGAGUGGCUUACAGUUUCUUGAAGAAGAAAAUAUUAUUACAAAUAUUAAAUGUAUCGCAGAAAAUUCUUCGGUUCUCUCAUUGAAAGGAACUUGUUAUUUUGUAUUGGGUUUAAUAGCAAAGACUGCAUCAGGUGUUGAGAUUUUGGAGGAAUUAGAAUGGGAAAGUGUUUAUGAUCCAGAUACAGGAGUUGGUACAGGACUAUGUGUCCCAAUGAAUUCCCAAGCAUUUCUUUCGUUUCCUAAAUGGAAUUAUAAAGGUUUUUAUAAUCCAGCAGAUAAAUUAAUUAAACCACUAUCAUCAUCAAAUAAUCAAAUCGAAAGAGACUUAUUAAAAGCAAUGUCAAAUUUAACAAAUAGAAUAUUGUCAAGUACAGGAUCACGUGCUUUAGCAAAAAGAUUAGUCGUUGAUUUAUUUGAUGUAGAUUUUUCACCUGAAGCUUUAGAUCAAUUGGAUAAAUUAACUCAUCGAGGUAGUGAUGGAGUUAUUGCGAUAAUGUCAGAAGAUCAAAAUGAUACUUCUACUGAAGAAAUUGUACCAAAGCAAGAUUUAUUACCAAAAAUAAUUGUUAAAGGAUUUAACCUUUAA